AUGGCGUCCCAUGGCAAGGUCAUGGACCUCUUCGACGAGCGCUAUCUCGAAUUGCAAGAUGUUGUCGGCAACGUCGAGCCGCUACCCACUCUCGUCCCUUAUGAGCAGUACAAGGCUCACGCCAUCACCUACCGAAUGGACACGAACCAUGACAUUUUCUUCGCGCUUCUCCAGGACUUCACGGAGCGCAAGGCGUUGGAGACGCGCAAGGAGCUGUGGACGUGGUGUGUGCAGUGGGAAGUCAGUCAGACAGCAGCUCGCCAAUCCCUCGCGGCACCGCAAUCAGCAAAGAGGCCUCGCCUUGACUUGGACCCGCCGAAUACCCCUACCGCGCCGAAACCGGCCAGCAACGCGCCUCCGAUGACUCUGCAUGCUCGCUGUAUAGAUCCGGAUCUCUUGCACGAGGAGGACAUGUUGCGCAUUCUGGUCGAUAUCGUGCAGGUCGACAGCACAGUGGUACCCAACUUCAUCGAGUUCCUUUACAGGUGGAUCGACUUUUACGAAGGAGACGGAAAGGCUCUGAAGGCGGCUCUACAUGGCGAGAUUCCAAGCUUGUGGGACUUUGAAUAUCAUCCAUUUCUUGUCACUCAGGAAGCCAAAAAGGAAAUUAAUCAAGCAAGAGGUGUCGCCCAAGACAGCGGGAAGGACGGACAAGGCGGUGACACAACCCCCCAGACGCGACAAAAGCCCGACCUAGCGGCACUCGAACGCAAGACAGAAGAAAGCGAACGUCUGAAGUACCGCGAAGUACACUUCGGCAUCCAGCCCCCAAAGCUAGACGAGCCUCUGCCACCUCUCAUCAAUGUCCCCCGAGACCAGUACAAGCGAGCUAAGUAUUACGAAGCUUGUUUCAAAUCGCGACAACGCGCGUUCUUCUUACUCGUAGAGGCAGGAGUCACCGCACAGAACAUGCGAGACUACCACAGAGAUCAGACAAUGAGCCUGCAGGAGACGCCACCGCUCGUCGAUGGAGGCGGCCUCAAGAACUACGAGAAGGACGCAAAACUUGCGCAAGCUUUCAAGUCGCUCAAGGAGCGACACAGGGCAAAGCAAUUGGAAAUCUCCAUCAGCAACAAAUUGGCGGACGAGGCUCAGUUUGCUGCGCGCAGUGCUGCUCCCCGAAGUCCAUCGGGUGUCCCUCUCAUCCCUACCACGACCAUUCACGCCGAUCGCCCGGAUGUGACUGACGGUAUAUUGCGCAAGAUCCAGCAGACCAGAGAUGAGGAACUCCAAACGAUCAACAUCGUUCCUACACCGCUUGUCGGUAGGAUGAAGAGCACGCUAUUUCGAGGUGAAUCUGGCUUGCUCAAAGCCCUCAUCCUUAUCCUCAACCACAUGUUCCGGCGGUGUCUCAAGCUCCAAAUAUCACUGUAUCUGAACCGCAGUUACCUCCUCAACACCAACUGCCUGGGAGCUUCCAAGGAGGCUUCGGUCCUCAUGCUCGACCGCCGCUACCACCUGGAUUUGAACACCACCAACAUUCUCCAUCUGGAUAUGGGGCUCAUCCUUUGA